AGAAUUAGAUAUGGCCCCCUGUAUUUGGGGCCGGAAUCCAUGGAUGGGUAGUCACGGAACGACCAACAGCGUGACGUGCACAGAACACGCCAUUUGGGAAUGGAAAUGAGAUAAUGUGCAAUUAAUAGAGUACCAUUCCGUAAUUUCCAUUUCACUCAACAAGUGCCAUUUCGUAUUUAAUCGGAGCUUCAAAUCCGACAGCUCGAGAGAUGCGGGGGAAUAUCUGAAUCCUGAACGAGCUUCUCACUCUCAGCUUCACGCGCGCCCCCAGUGAGCGAACUUCCUCAUGGAACCCGAAUCUGGAGCUUCAUCUUCUCGGAAUCCUUCUCAGUUGUCAUGGGUUAAUCUCUCUAGGAGUCUAAUAUUAGCAUAUCAAAGCUUUGGCGUAGUAUAUGGAGAUCUAAGUACAUCACCUCUCUAUGUUUUCACAAGCAUAUUUGGAGGAAAGUUGCAGAAGUACCAUGAUGAAGAAACUACCUUUGGUGCUUUUUCAUUAAUUUUCUGGACCUUCACAUUAAUUCCCUUACUUAAAUACGUUUUCAUCCUAUUGAGUGCUGAUGAUAAUGGUGAAGGUGGGACAUUUGCUCUCUACUCACUGCUUUGCAGACAUGCCAAGUUUAAUUUACUCCCCAACCAACAAGCAGCUGAUGAGGAGCUGUCGUCCUACAAAUAUGGUCCCUCAUCACAGCCUGUAUCCCUUUCCCCACUGAAGAGGUUUCUGGAGAAGCAUAAGAGGUUAAGAACAGUUCUACUUGUUGUAGUGUUGUUUGGUGCUUGCAUGGUCAUAGCCGAUGGUGUGUUUACUCCAGCAAUUUCAGUUCUAUCAGCAGUAGCAGGAUUACAAGUUAGUGAGAUCAAACUUACUAAUGGUGAACUUGUCUUGCUUGCCUGCGUCAUAUUGGUUGGUCUGUUUGCUCUCCAGCAUUGUGGCACCCACAAAGUAGCAUUUAUGUUUGCACCAAUUGUAAUAAUCUGGCUUGUAUCCAUUUUGUCUAUUGGACUGUAUAACACAAUAUGCUGGAAUCCAAAAAUAGUUCAGGCUUUAUCCCCACACUAUAUCAUCAAGUUUUUUAUCAAGACUGGCAAAGAAGGUUGGAUUUCUCUUGGAGGGGUUCUUCUCUGUAUCACUGGAUCUGAAGCUAUGUUUGCUGAUCUUGGUCAUUUCACCGCUUUUUCAAUAAGACUUGCAUUUGCUCUUGUUAUAUACCCUUGUCUGGUGGUACAGUACAUGGGCCAAGCUGCUUUCUUAUCUAAAAAUCUCGGCUCUGUCCAUAACAGUUUUUAUGACUCAAUCCCAAAACCUGUAUAUUGGCCUGUCUUUGUUAUUGGCACCCUUGCUGCUAUUGUGGGGAGUCAGGCUGUUAUAACUGCCACUUUCUCUAUUAUCAAGCAGUGUCAUGCACUCGGAUGUUUUCCGCGAGUGAAAAUUGUACACACCUCAAAACAUAUAUAUGGACAGAUCUAUAUCCCUGAAAUAAACUGGAUACUUAUGGUCCUGACUCUUGCUAUGACAAUCGGAUUUCGUGACACAACCUUGAUUGGAAAUGCUUAUGGACUUGCUUGUAUAGCAGUUAUGUUUGUCACUACAUUUCUGAUGGCACUUAUCAUAAUCUUCGUCUGGCAGAAAAGUGUCAUGGUUGCUACAAUAUUUCUUUCAUUCUUCUGGGUUAUAGAGGGCGCAUAUUUAUCAGCAGCAUUCAUAAAAGUUCCCCAGGGAGGGUGGGUUCCUCUUGUCCUGUCAUUCAUCAUCAUGAUUGUUAUGUAUGUGUGGCAUUAUGGUACUCGUAGGAAAUACAGCUAUGAUCUACACAACAAAGUUUCAUUGAAAUGGUUACUAGGAUUGGGCCCUAGCCUGGGCAUUGUCCGUGUACCAGGAAUAGGUCUUAUCUACUCAGAACUGGCAACAGGAGUGCCUGCAAUAUUUUCCCACUUUGUUACAAAUCUUCCUGCAUUUCACAGUGUGCUGGUCUUUGUUUGUGUAAAAUCAGUUCCUGUUCCAUAUGUCUCACCUGAAGAACGUUUCCUUAUAGGGCGUGUUUGCCCUAGGCCAUAUCGUAUGUAUAGAUGCAUCGUUAGAUAUGGGUAUAAGGACAUUCAAAGGGAUGACGGAGACUUUGAGAACCAACUCAUUCAGAGUAUCGCAGAGUUUAUCCAAAUGGAAGCUAUUCAGCCACAAUUUUCAAGUCCUGAAAGUUCUUCACUUGACGGGAGGAUGGCUGUUAUAAGUGUUAGUAGAGGCAUAGGAUCUACUUCAAGCUUAAUAGUGUCCGAACAUGAGGAUGUUGACCUGGACAUCUCAAUCCCGAGCAGCAAGUCUGUCACCCUCCGAAGCUUGCAAUCAGUUUAUGACGACGAGAACCCACAAGUCAGGAGGCGCCGGGUAAGAUUUCAGCUAUCUAACAAUCCUAGCAUGGAUCCUGGUGUUAGGGAGGAGCUUUUGGAUUUAAUUCAAGCUAAGGAGGCGGGAGUUGCAUAUAUCCUGGGGCACUCAUAUGUGAAGGCAAGGAAAUCGUCCUCAUUCUUGAAAAAGCUAGUGAUUGAUAUUGGGUAUUCAUUUCUUCGGAAGAAUUGCAGGGGUCCAUCUGUCGCCCUUAACAUUCCUCACAUCAGUCUGAUUGAAGUUGGAAUGAUAUAUUAUGUGUAGUUCCUUGGUAGAAUUUUGCAACUUGAUCUUGGUGGUAAGGUACGGGUUUUAUUUAUUCUCCUGGUUAAAAAUAGAGGUGGUUAUUGUCUAUGUUUAGGGUAGGUUAAGGCCUCUCUGGUCAUGUUAUCUUUGCUUCAGCUUUUCUUCCAACGUGUAAAUUUCACAAAUAAUGAUAGUACUUAAAUUUUUUUAGAACGACUUAGUUGUUCGGAAUACUUGAUCAUUACCGGAGGACCUAUCAAUAAAAGGCGAGAGAUUUCCGUA